AUGAUUUUUCCCUUGGUUUUAUCAUGUUUAUCAUGGAUUUUAAUUCACGCUCAGGUUCACGACGAUAUUGUGGAAUGUAACGAGAAGAUUAUCAAUCAAUCUCAAUUAAACGCGAUGAAUAUAAACGAGCAAGAAACUUUUGCGACAACGAUUCUGCAUGAAUAUAAUCUUAACUUGACAACACUUGCUUACAUCACAUCGUCGUCGGAAUUCGAAUCGCAGCUGUAUCUUAACGAUACGAAUCGAAGACGGACGAUGGAGAAAUAUUAUGAAGUCUAUCGAAAUUGUUUGAAAAGUAUCGCGACAGUUGCUCGGCGAUUUAACAAAUUGAUCACGAACGAAAAUUCAUCACUGUACUGGUUGUUGCAACGGACACAAGCAAUCGGUGAUGCGGGCGAAAAUGAUCCCCUAAUCAAAUUGCGGUUACAAAAACUAAAAAGUCAUAUAAAAGAAAUUUACCAUCGAAAAUUUAUUUGGAACAAUACAAAACUCGGCAUCGAUGAAGCUCAAGAGCUUCUUGGCAAACUCAAUUCUCCCGCUGACCUUCUUUCGUUAUGGAAUGCAACUUAUGAAGUUGCAGCACCAAUGCGUGAUUAUUAUUCAACAUUAAUCGCCGUGCAGCAUGAACAAGCCAAACAGAAUCGUACGAAUGAAAAGAGUGAUACACCAGCGAAUCUCGAAGAACGUCGAAUUGUUGAACAACUCUGGCAAGAAUUGAAACCAUUACAUGAAUUAAUACAUGCUUAUAUUCGAAAGCAAAUAGCACGACUGUACCCUGGACUGAUUGAAUUUGACCAACCGAUUCCCGUUCAUUUAACAAAGGAUUUAUUCGGUUUGAUGAUGACACAUCUCGAACGUGACGUUCUUCCGUUUUCACAUAUCAGCGGGAUUGAUCUUGGUCCAGCAAUGAAACGAAAGAAUUUUACCGAAGAAGAGAUUUUUCGAUAUGCCGACGAGUUUUUCGUUUCAUUGAAUUUAACUCGUGCACCCGAUUCAUUCUGGAAUCUUUCGGUUUUUAAAAGAAUUCCCAAUCAUCAUAUGGCUUGUCAUCCGACAGCGUUCGAUCUUUACAAAUACGAUGAUGUUCGUAUUCGCAUGUGUACGAGCAUCACCUCCCGUGACUUCUAUAUUGUUCAUCAUGAGAUGGGUCAUAUCCAACAUUAUUUACAAUAUCAUCAGCAACCAUUUUGGUUUCGACGAUCACCUCACGGCGCAUUUAGUGAAGGAAUUGGCGAUGCAAUUGCAUUAGCAACCAUGUCGCCUGCACAUCUUAAACGAAUUGGUUUAUUAGAAAACUACAAGUUCACAAAAGAGGAGAAUAUUCAAUUUUUGCUAUCCCAGGCUCUAACUCGUUUGUUCUUACCACCUUAUGCUUACGCACUUGACAUUUGGCGAUGGUCCGUUUAUAAUGGAUCAAUUCAACCGUUCGAGUACAAUAAACGUUAUUGGGAUCUCAUAUGUCGUUAUCAAGGUAUGAAACCGGGCAUGCCUCGUAAUGAACGAUAUUUCGAUGCUGGAACGAAACUUCACGUUGCGUUCGAUCUCUCGUAUAUCAAAUAUUUUCUCGCACAUGUUUUUCAAUUUCAAAUUUUUGAUGUUCUCUGCCGCGAAGCCGGUUACGAAGGACCUUUACAUCUGUGUGAUUUACAUGGUUCAAAAGCAGCCGGACGAAAACUCAAAAUUUUACUUGGUUUGGGUUCUUCCAAAUCUUGGGAAGAUAUCUUAGAAGAAUUUGCAGGUGUACGAACAUUCUCUGCUCAACCAUGUUUGAAAUAUUUUCAACCAUUACGAGAAUAUCUUGAAGAAUUAGUUGCCAAUGAUCAAUUGCAAGUUGGAUGGAAAUGUCAAAGUAAUCGUUCGUCGCGAAAACAAUUUCAGAUGAAUUUCGUUGGAUACAUCGUCAUUCUGUACUCGAUGUUCUACUUUUUGUUAGAAUAG